AUGUGGUUUUCCUUCUUAAGACCUAGAGAUCGAUUCUCCUUAGGCGAACUCAGGUAUCUGACUGAGCAGCUGAGGAAAAUUCAGAUAGUGAACGACACCAAUAAAGAUAUUGUUGUCGAGGCACUGAGAUCAAUCGCGGAGAUAUUAACUUAUGGAGAUCAGCAUGACCCCUUAUUUUUUGAAUUUUUUAUGGAGAAACAAAUCAUGGGAGAGUUUGUACGUAUUUUGAGGGUUAGCAAGACGGUUACAGUUUCUGUUCAGUUGUUGCAAACCAUGAGUAUUAUGAUCCAAAACCUUAAAAGUGAACAAGCCAUCUACUACUUGUUCAGUAACGAAUAUGUAAAUUAUUUGAUAACAUAUAAAUUUGACUUCCAACACGAAGAGCUUCUAUCUUACUACAUAUCCUUCUUAAGAGCUGUUAGUGGGAAACUAAACAAGCAUACAAUAUCGUUGCUUUUGAAGACCGAGAACGAUGUAGUAGUUUCUUUUCCCCUUUAUGUCGAAGGCAUACAAUUUGCAUUUCAUGAAGAGAACAUGAUACGCACUGCAGUUCGUGCCCUGACUCUUAAUGUAUAUCAUGUUGGCGAUGAAUCUGUGAAUGAUUUUGUAGUUAGUCCACCGCACACCGAGUACUUUUCAAAAUUAGUUUCAUUUUUUGAAAAGCAAUGCAUGGAUCUAAGCGCAAUGGUGUUGAACACUCUCAAGAGCCCAUCCCUAGACUCGGGUGGAAAACUGUUUGCUGCCGUUGAUGGGAUCGAGGACACCUUGUACUAUUUUAGUGAUGUUAUAUCUGCUGGCAUACCAGAUAUCGGGAGGCUGAUAACAGAUCACAUUCUGCAGCAUCUAACUCUCCCACUUCUUCUCCCGUCUUUAUGCUCCGAGGCUGUAAAUGGUAUAUCAGUCGAUCCUGUCACUUCUCUCUAUCUGCUUUGUUGCAUCCUGCGGAUAGUUAAAAUCAAAGAUUUGGCAAAUAUGACUGCUGCUACCCUUUUCUGCCCUGUAAAAGCUUUCGUAUCAAAUUCCCUAGUGAAACCUAAAAGUAGCUUGGCUCCUGAACACCUUACGUGUGGAAAUGGGCAUCCGGACAAUGGUGUUACUGAGGAGGCAGAUCGACAGUGCCCAAGCACCGCAGUCUCUGGUGAGGAUGGAAAUUCCCACGCUUGCAGUGAAGAUACUACCAAAACUAUCUUCAACAAUUCGCAUAGUACUUUUAGGGAGACAUUACUUCAGUAUAUUUCUGAGGGAGAUGAUGUGCAAGCUCAGGGUUCCUUGUUUGUGCUAGCCACUUUGUUGCAGACGAAAGAACUUGAAGAGUCGAUGCUAGAUGCUUUUGGCAUUCUUCCGCAGCGUAAGCAGCACAAAAAACUUUUGCUGCAAUCUUUGGUUGGGGAGGACUCUGGUGAAGAACAACUGUUUUCACCGCAGAAUGGUUCUAUGAGAGAUGGCUUAAGUAGCGAACUUGAUUGGUAUCUAAAGAGGUUGGAGGAGCAGUUUGGAGUAUGCUGUUCAUUGCCUGGGGCUGCAAUGUGCCCCCGUGUACAUAGACAUCAGGUGGUGGAUGCAUUGGUCAGUCUCCUGUGCCGAGAAAACAUGUCUGCGGAAACAUUAUGGGAUGGAGGUUGGCUCCUACGCCAAUUGCUUCCUUAUAGCGAGGCAGAAUUUAACCGUAAACAUCUGAAGAUGCUGAAUGUUUCGUAUGAGAAGUGUACAAGUGCACUUAUCCGGGAGAUUAAAGGUACCUGGCCUGAUCUACUCAUAACAGUACUGCUUGAUGAGUGGAAGAAGUGCAAAAGAGUGAUCGAAGCUCCAUGCCCUCAAAAGGAGCCUAAAUCUGUUCUUCUCCAGCUGGAUAGAUCCUCUUCUAAUGAUAACGCUGUUAGCGAAUCAUCAUUCACAGCAGGUGAAAAAUUGUGCGAGGUGGUGAAGGUUUUUGUGCUUCUUCAUCAACUCCAAAUCUUCUCGCUCGGUAGACCCUUGCCAGAGCAGCCACCAAUUCAUUCUCCUGCCGACAGAUCUGGAACUUCUCGUGCCACAAUUGCUGGUCUGAAUGUUUCAGUCCCCAAACCUGGCACCGAAUUGAAGCUAGUUGAUGCUGUCUCCUGUAGGAUUGCCUUUGAAAGAGGCAAGGAGCGCACUUUCUCGUUUCUAGCAUUAUCAUCUGGUGUGUCUGGGUGGAUUGUCCUUGCUGAAGAAUCACCUUCGAAGCCAGAUUUCGGAAUCGUCCGUGUUACCGCACCUUUAGCUGGCUGCAACCCCCGAAUAGAUGAAAAGCACCCAAGAUGGCUACACUUGAGAAUCCGACCAUCUACUUUACCGUUCUUGGAUCCAACAAAGCGAGGAGUCUAUGAGAAGCUCAAGGCCAAAGGUUUAGUAGAUGGGAGAUGGACAUUAGCAUUCAGGGACGAUGAUUCUUGUUACUCUGCUUACUCGAUGGUUGUCCAGGAGAUCGAUCUACAAUGCAGCGAGGUAGAAAGAAGGUUAACGCCAUUGUUUGACCUUGAAAGAAACCAUCAGGAUCAAUCAAACCUUACUUCUGAUGCCUUCUCUUCAUCAACUUCGUCUUCUUCGGGUUGA